GAGACGCCCACCCACCCUCAGCCCGUCGGUGGCUUCCUGGGCCCUGGGGCCAGGCCGGGCCUCCCUCCGACAGCCUGGCCUGGGGAGGGUCCGCGGAGGGACGAGAGGCCCUAUUGACGCCUUGCGGAGACCGUUAACCACCCACCCGCCGACUGCUCCUGGCGGAGGAGAUGACCGCGCUGCAGCUUACACUGCAUCUCAGAAACCCCAAUUUGGGAAGUUUCCUCCGUUCCAAGGCUAGCUGGAGAAAACAAAGAUAUUAAAAUUACUGUUGUCCGGAAAGCUGGAGGAAAUUCAAAAUGAUUUAGGCCUUUUCAAGUGUUAGAACUAAUCCCUGUAGCAUGUACUUCACGUAUCCAAAUUUUAGCCGGUAUCGUGCUACUGCACGUUUCAAUGAAUUGUUCAAAUUAAAAUUUUCUCUUUAAGUGGCAUUACUUUGGCACGAAUUUUAAAGGCAAAGUGAGAAAUUUCCUUUUUUGGAAGCCUGCAUAACGUUGACGUCUAAGAACUCAAGCUUUACUGAUGAAACAGAUUUUGAAGAUGUCAGAAAGGCAUUCAGGUCAAGCUGGCACUGAAGCAGGAAAUGAGGUGGACUCUCCUAUUGUCAGUGUCAAGUCGUCCAGCUUUGGAGACUUUUGUUCCACAUCUUCAUUUCAAGAUAGUGGCUACAGUGAGCUGUUAAAAUCGUGCAGCUUUGAUAAUACAGAUAAAGAAUCGUUUGGAAAGAAAGAAAGAGGCUCAACAUUAAUCCAUGAACAUCCUGAAACUUCAAGUCUGGCCUUAACACAUAGUUUAGAGUCUCCCACUCAAAGAAAGAGAUUUGUCUUCCCCAGGAAGGAAAAGGAUAAAACCCCAGACCUUUGUGAAACUCCUAAAGUUAGUGGAAAAAAAUUUUUACUGCGCAGAAGAUUGGACGUAUCUUUCUCUCUUGUAAAGACGGACUUUGAAUCACAAAAUAGUUCUCUCGAAAGUAGUACAAGCCAAGUUCCCAAUUUAGAAAACAAUAUUCUAAGCAGUGCUUCAGGUUUCCCAAGGCAAAAUAAUUUUAGUUCUUUAGUUACUAGCACUUUGAAAACAGAAGAAGCGACUUCCAGCAGUCAAAAAUUGAGACUUAAUUUUUCUCAACAGAAGACGUCCACAGUUGAUGAUUCCAAAGAUAACUGUAGCCUAUUUGAAGUUGAAUGUAUAUCUCCAAUUCAAGGCAAUAGUUUUAAAGACUCUAUCACACAUGACUUUAGUGACAGCAGUCUAUGUAUUAAUGAUGAGAAUACAUAUCCUGAACUUCUGGGCUCUUCGGUCAGUGAAACAACUUGUGGAACAGAUGAGGACAUAUUUGUGACUCCAAUAAGUAAUCUUGUAGCAAAUGUUAAAUUUAAUGCAAGUCAAAGGCUUUCUCCUUUAGGUGAAGUGAGACGCCAUAUUUCAACACCUGAAGACAGUGGUUUUAACUCACUUUGCUUGGAUAAAUCAGAAGAUUCCCUCGCUGACCAAGAGGGCUCUUUCCAAGAACUGCUUCAGAAACAUAAGGGAACUCUCAAAGUCAGGAACACAGUAAAAAGGUCAAGGCGUCUUGGAAGAUUAAGAAGACUGUCCACCCUUAGGGAGCAAGGCUCACAAUCUGAGACAGAAGAAGAAAAGCAGCCCAACCUCUCUGGCUCUGAAUCAACACCAGUGGCUACUUCAGACAUCUCAGAGAGUCAGCCAAGCAGUGACAAUAAAAGUGGGGAUUUGAGUUUAAGCUUUAAGAAUUUAUCAAAGACCCCAGCCUUGCAGUUAGUGCAUGAGCUCUUUAUGAAAAGCAAAAGGAAAAGAUUCCAGCAAAGCGGUGCACGUGAAUUGUUAGAAGAAAGGGACGGGGGGAAAAUAGCUGUACUACAGCGUGUACUUGCAGGACUGAUUGGCAAGAAAAUGGGUAUAGAAAAACUGGACAUCUUAACAGAAUUAAAAUACAGAAAUUUAAAGCAUGUUCUUGCUAUGGUUUUAGAAUCCUUGGCUGCAGAAAGCCUAUGCAGUGUUUGGAAAGUGAGCAGAAAUUGGCGUGAAAUUAUUAUUCAAGAUAAAAAAGCAAACCAGAGGAGGAAAUUUCAUAUCACACAACUGAAAACAGAUUCUGAGGUUGCCAAAACACUUUUUAUUGAUGAAGCAUUAAAACCUUGCCCAAGGUGCCAAUCCCCUGCUAAGUACCAGCCUUAUAAGAAAAGGGGACUAUGUAGCAGCACAGCCUGUGGUUUUGACUUUUGUGUGUUAUGUUUGUGUGCUUAUCAUGGGUCUGAAGAAUGUAGUAGAGGAGCAGCAAAGCCAAGAAAUAGAAAAGAUGCUCUUCCAGGAAGUGCCCAGAGUAAGCGGAAUUUAAAACGCCUCUAAAGAGACUUCAAAUAUAAAAGAAGCAUUCCCUCUAAGCAACAUAUUGUUUGGCUUAAAAUUAUGAAUAUUUUGAAAGCAUGCAAGUCUUCCCAU